AUGUUAGAGGAAGUGACCAUACCAAAAAAUAAGGGAUACAUAUAUCUGCAAGGCGAAGGAAUUCAAAAGACAAUUAUAGCAUACGACAGUCAUCAAGCCACCGACACUAGUGCCACUUUCACAGCUUUCUCCGAUUACAUCGUUAUCUCCGGCGUUACUUUCAAAAAUACAUAUAAUGUGCCACUAGUGACUCCUUUAGCAAAUCCAAUUAUACCAGCCGUAGCUGCGAGGAUGCUUGGAGACAAAUAUUUAAUCAUUGAUUCUAGUUUUGAUGGAUUUCAAGAUACAUUGUUUGACGCUCUAGGAAGACAUUACUACAAACGAUGCGUCAUUUCUGGUGGCGUCGAUUUCAUUUUUGGUUACGCACAAUCUCUUUUUGAGGAAUGUACGUUGAAUCUGACGGUUGGGACCUAUGCGCCGGAGAACCCGUACGGUGUGAUAACUGCGCAGGGAAGGAAGUCACCGACAGAUAACGGAGGGUUUGUUUUUAAAGACUGCACAGUCUCUUCUGCCGUUAAAGGCAAAGCUUUGUUGGGACGAGCUUGGGAACCAUACGCACGUGUCAUAUUUUACCGUUCAAAUUUAUCUGAUGUUAUUUUGCCAAUUGGUUGGGAUGCUUGGAGAGCAAAAGGCCAAGAGGGCAAUACAAUGUUUGCGGAGUAUGGUUGCACUGGAGCUGGAGCGGACACAUCAGGCAGAGUUGCAUGGAUGAAAAAGUCGAGUGAAAAGGAAGUUCUUAACUUUUCUAAUGUUUCUUUUAUUGACCAAGAUGGCUGGCUUAAUAGUCUUCCUAUCAAAGUUUAG